AUGUCGGACCAACACCGCGAUGUUUCCCAAUACAAAUACUCGGCCAUGUCCAACCUGGUUCUCCAGGCGGACCGUCGUUUCGUUUCGCGACGAAACGAUGAGGCCACUGGCGACCCCGAGUCUCUCGCCGGCAAGCUGAGUAUUCGCGACAUGGGAGCACGCGUGGCACGCGACACGGCGCCGAAACAGAAGAAGCCGACUGGCCUCCCCGAAGUCGAACGUGGAAGAUUACAAGAGGGCGAGGACGUGCUCCUGCGCGAGCAGCGCAAGAAGAAGAACGAGGCGGCGCAAGCGAGGGGCGCUGGUGUUCUGGGAACAGGAGACCUGCUCGUCGAAGGCAUCACCUACCGCCCACGGACGACAGCGACUCGGGCAACCUACGAAUUGAUCUUGAAGAUCGUUUCCGACAACCUCGGUGACGUGCCUCAGUCGACAGUGCUCAGUGCCGCCGACGUCGUGCUGGAGUACCUCAAGGACGACGAUCUCAAGGAUACCGAGAGGAAGAACGAGAUCGACGACAUACUGGGUGUUUCCAUGAGUGCGAAGGAAUUCAACGAGCUCAUGAACUUGGGAAAGAAAAUCACCGACUACGACGCGCAAGACGACGAAGACAUGGAUGCCAACGCGGCCGACGAUGCUGAUGGUGCCGAAUUGGACGAACGACAGGGUGUCGCCGUUGUCUUCGAGGAUUCCGAGGAUGAAGAGGGCGGCAUCGUCAAUGAGGUGCGGGAGGAGUCUUCGGAAGAUGAGGCGGAUGACCAAGACGAGGAUCAGGCUGCCCAGGACGGUGCCGAUAAGGAGGGCAUGGACGACGAGGACGCCAUGAUCAUCGAUUCAGCACCGAAAAAGCAAGCGCAAGACGAAAAACAGACGAAGGCAGUCCCCGCGAGAGAUAUAGAUCCUUUCUGGCUCCAGAGACAAAUAGGAAAGCUCUACGCGGAUUCUCACGAACAACACGAUAAGGCGACGGAAGCUCUGCGCAUUCUGUCCGGCGAGCCUGACGAGCAGGGAGGCGAGGAGAAAUCGCUCCGAGAAAUCGAGAACGAUCUCAUGGAGCUAUUCGAUUACGAGCACCACGAGUUGGUCCAACUGCUCAUUGAAAACAGAGAAAAGGUCGUAUGGCUCACUCGCCACUCAAGAGCUGAGACGGACGAGGAAAGGGCUGUUGUGGAGCGCGAAAUGGCGUCCGAGGGCCUUCAAUGGAUUCUCAAUGAGAAGUUCGGCAAGAAGACGGACGAUCAGAAACGGAAGAUGGAGAUUAAGAUGGACAUCGACAACCCCGCGUCGCUGGCAGCCGCAGCCCCUGCUGAACCAGAGCGCCCUCAGGGCUUAGUUGGAGGACUUCAGCCGCGGAAGCUCAUAAACCUGGAGAACCUAGUGUUUGACCAGGGCAACCAUCUGAUGAGUAACCCCAAGGUCAGACUUCCUGAAGGAUCGACGAAGCGCACAUUCAAGGGCUACGAAGAAAUUCACGUCCCUGCGCCCAAGAAACGCAACGAACCCGGCGAAAACCUCAUCCCAAUUACUGAGAUGCCUGAGUGGUCUCGGGGGCCCUUCAGCACUGCCAAGUCCCUCAACAAGAUUCAAUCCAAGUGUUACCCCACGGCCUUUGGGGACGAUGGCAACAUGCUUAUCUGUGCUCCCACUGGUAGUGGAAAGACGAAUGUUGCCAUGCUUACCAUCCUCCGGGAGAUUGGCAAGAACCGCAACCCAGAGACCGGAGACAUCGAUCUGGAUGCCUUCAAGAUCGUGUACAUUGCCCCGUUGAAGGCGCUGGUCCAAGAACAGGUCGGAAACUUCGGCAAGCGUCUUGAACCUUACGGGAUCAAGGUUUCUGAAUUAACUGGUGAUCGACAGCUCACCAAGCAACAAAUCGCGGAGACCCAGAUCAUUGUCACUACUCCUGAGAAGUGGGACGUCAUCACAAGGAAGGCCACCGACCUCACGUACACGAACCUUGUCCGCCUUGUAAUCAUCGACGAAAUCCACUUGCUUCACGAUGACCGUGGCCCUGUUAUCGAGAGCAUCGUCAGCAGAACCAUCCGCAAGACAGAGCAAACGGGCGAGCCGGUCCGUCUGAUCGGCUUGUCCGCCACACUGCCCAACUACAAGGACGUCGCCAGUUUCCUCCGCGUAGACAUUAACACUGGCCUCUUCCACUUUGACGGCAGUUUCCGUCCCUGCCCUCUGCGCCAGGAAUUCAUCGGUGUUACAGACCGCAAGGCCAUUAAGCAACUGAAGACGAUGAACGAUGUCACAUACAACAAGGUCAUUGAGCAUGUCGGUCAAAAUAGGAACCAAAUGCUCAUCUUCGUUCACUCAAGAAAGGAAACUGCGAAGACUGCCCGCUACAUCAGAGACAAGGCCCUCGAGAUGGACACGAUCAACCAGAUCCUGCGCCAUGACGCGGGUAGUCGCGAGGUUCUCAACGAGGCAGCCAGUCAAGCCACCGAUCAGGAUCUGAAGGACAUUCUCCCCUAUGGUUUCGGCAUUCACCACGCUGGUAUGAACCGUAUCGAUCGUACCGAUGUGGAGGACCUGUUUGCUAGAGGUGCUAUUCAAGUUCUGGUAUGCACGGCAACUCUUGCCUGGGGUGUCAACUUGCCGGCCCAUACUGUCAUCAUCAAGGGUACCUCAGUCUACUCCCCGGAGAAGGGCAGCUGGGUCGAGCUUAGCCCGCAGGACGUCUUGCAGAUGCUUGGUCGUGCUGGUCGCCCACAAUUCGACACCUACGGCGAGGGCAUUAUCAUUACGACGCAGAACGAGAUACAGUACUACCUGUCGCUACUCAAUCAACAACUACCAAUUGAGAGUCAGUUCGUCAGUCGUCUAGUAGAUAACCUGAAUGCCGAGAUCGUUCUUGGAAACGUCAGAAGCAGAGACGAGGGUGUCGAGUGGCUUGGCUACACGUACCUCUUCGUCCGGAUGCUGCGGUCUCCUGGUCUAUACCAAGUUGGCGCGGAGUACGAAGAUGAUGAAGCUUUGGAACAAAAGCGUGUCGACCUUAUUCACUCCGCUGCAAUGGUGCUCAGGAAAUCAAACCUAGUCAAGUACGAUGAUAAGACCGGAAAGCUGCAGUCCACGGAGCUCGGCCGCAUCGCUUCGCACUACUACAUUACCCACGGCUCCAUGGAUACCUACAACAACCUCAUUCAGCCAUCCAUUACGACCAUCGAGCUGUUCCGGGUCUUCUCUCUCAGUGCAGAGUUCAAGUACAUCCCGGUCCGCCAGGACGAGAAGCUCGAAUUGGCCAAGCUGCUGGGCAGAGUUCCCAUCCCAGUCAAGGAGAGCAUCGAGGAGCCACACGCCAAGAUCAAUGUACUGUUGCAAGCCUACAUUUCCAGACUCAAGCUCGACGGCCUUGCCCUCAUGGCCGAUAUGGUUUAUGUCACCCAAUCCGCAGGCCGUAUCUUGCGUGCCAUCUUCGAAAUCACCAUGAAGAAGGGUUGGGCUUCUGUGGCGAAGACGGCAUUGGAUCUGUGUAAAAUGGCUGAGAAGAGGAUGUGGCCCACCAUGUCCCCUCUCCGCCAGUUUCCCAGUUGCCCGAGAGACAUCGUACAGAAGUCAGAGAGGAUCGAGGUGUCUUGGAGCAGCUAUUUCGAUCUCGACCCUCCGCGCAUGGGCGAGCUCCUCGGCAUGCCCAAAGCCGGCAGGACAGUUUGUGGUCUGGUAGCAAAGUUCCCUAGAGUCGAGGUUCAGGCUCAAGUUCAGCCCCUGACAAGGUCUAUGCUUCGAGUCGAGCUCGGCAUCACUCCCAACUUCGAGUGGGACGUUGAAGUUCACGGCCCCUCCGAGAGCUUCUGGAUUUUCGUCGAAGACUGCGACGGUGAAGACAUCCUCUUCAGCGACCAAUUUUUGCUCCGCAAGGAGUAUGCCGAGUCCGAGUCGAACGAACACAUCGUUGAUUUCACCGUUCCCAUCACUGAGCCUAUGCCCCCCAACUAUUUCAUUUCUGUCGUCUCGGACCGCUGGAUGCACUCCGAAACGAGGGUGCCAGUAUCCUUCCGCAAGCUGAUUCUUCCCGAGCGUUUCCCUCCGCACACGGAGCUUCUCGAGCUUCAGCCGCUCCCCGUCUCCGCCCUGAAGGUUAAAGAGUACACCAAGCUGUAUCCUAGCUGGGAUCACUUCAACCGCAUUCAGACACAAACAUUCAACUCUCUGUACAACACAGAUCAGAACGUCUUUGUUGGGGCUCCGACUGGCAGCGGCAAGACGGUGUGCGCUGAGUUUUCGCUUCUCCGCCACUGGUCCAAGCCUGAUGCCGGACGCGCUGUGUACAUCGCGCCCUUCCAAGAACUCGUCGAUCUGCGCCUGGAUGACUGGCAGAAGAGGCUCAGUGGUCUUCGUGGCGGCAAGACCAUUGAGAAGUUGACAGGCGAAACCACUACGGACCUGAAGAUCCUGGAACGAAGCGAUUUGGUCCUCGCUACUCCUAUUCAAUGGGAUGUGCUUUCUCGUCAAUGGAAACGCAGGAAGAACGUCUCUACCGUUGAGCUUUUCAUCGCCGACGAAAUCCAUCUGCUGGGUAACAACAUGGGCUAUGUCUACGAAAUUAUUGUUUCCAGGAUGCACUAUAUCAGGACACAGACGGAGCUACCGAUGAGAAUCAUUGCCUUGGGAGUAUCUCUCGCAAACGCCCGCGAUCUCGGAGAGUGGAUCGAUGCAAAGAAGCACGACAUCUACAACUUCAGCCCUCACGUCCGCCCCGUUCCCCUGGAGCUGCAUAUUCAGUCCUACACCAACCCUCACUUCCCGUCGCUCAUGCUUUCGAUGGCGAAGCCUACAUACUUAGCAAUUACCCAAAUGUCUGCCGACAAGCCGGCUAUUGUAUUUGUGCCCAGCCGAAAGCAAACACGAGCUACUACGCGCGACUUGCUGACCGCAGCGUUCAUGGACGACGACGAAGAUCGCUUCCUGCACGCUGAGCUCGACCAGCUGAAGCCUCUCCUAGAGCGCAUCAACGAAGACGCGUUGGCAGAAGCUCUCUCUCACGGUGUUGGUUACUACCACGAAGCCUUGAGCCAGAGCGACAAGCGCAUCGUCAAGCACUUGUAUGAGCACGGAGCUAUCCAGGUUUUGGUUGCUUCCCGGGACGUGUGCUGGGAACUGGACAGCACAGCUCACCUAGUUGUUGUGAUGGGUACUCAAUACUUCGAGGGACGCGAGCACCGCUACGUCGACUAUUCGCUGAGCGAGGUCCUGCAUAUGUUUGGCAAGGCUCUCCGGCCGUCUAAGGAUGGCAGAGGCCGCGGUGUUCUCAUGCUCCCGGCUGCGAAGAGAGACUUCUACAAGAAGUUUUUGAACGAGGCUCUUCCCGUCGAGUCGCACCUGCACAACUACCUUCACGAUGCCUUCGUGACGGAGAUCAGCACAAAGAUGAUCGAGUCUGGUGACGACGCCAUUAACUGGACAACAUUCACGUACUUCUACAGACGUCUUCUUGCCAACCCCAGCUUCUACAGUCUCACCAGCACAACGCAGGAUGGUCUCAGCGACUACAUGUCAGACCUCAUUCAGACAACCCUGCAGGAGCUGACUGAUUCGAAGAUCAUCGACCUUGACGAAGAUGAUGGCUCUGUGGCUCCUCAGAACGCGGCCAUGAUCGCGGCCUACUACAACAUCUCCUACAUCACCAUGCAGACCUUCCUCCUCUCACUUAGUGCGAAGACGAAGCUCAAGGGUGUCUUGGAAAUCAUCACCUCGGCUACCGAGUUUGAAGCAAUUCAGAUUAGGAGACACGAGGAGGGCAUUCUUCGCCGCAUUUACGACCGUAUUCCCGUCAAAAUGUCAGAUCCGGUCUACGACUCGGCACACUUCAAGGCCUUCGUUCUCCUCCAAGCACACUUCUCCAGAAUGCAGCUGCCGAUUGAUCUCGCUAAGGACCAAGAGGUUAUCAUCUCCAAGGUGCUCAGUCUCCUGAGCGCCACUGUUGACAUUCUCUCUUCCGACGGCCAUCUCAACGCCAUGAACGCCAUGGAGAUGUCCCAAAUGGUCGUCCAGGCCAUGUGGGACCGCGACAGCCCCUUGAAGCAGAUUCCUCACUUCACACCCGAGGUUGUCAAGGUGGCAAACGAGUUCGGCAUCAAGGACAUCUUCGACUUCAUGGAGGCCAUGAACCCCGAGGAGAACCCCGACUACGCUAAGUUGAUCAAACGUCUCGGGCUUAACCAGAACCAGCUGGCUCAAGCUGCAGCAUUUACCAACGACAAGUAUCCCGACAUUGAGCUUGAACACAGCAUUGUGGACGAGGAGGACAUCAGAGCCAAUGAGCCUGCUUACCUCAGUGUGCAUAUCCAACGCCAGAUCGACGAGGAAGACGAGUUCGACCCGACUGUGCACGCGCCGUUCUACCCGGCCAAGAAACUGGAGAACUGGUGGCUUGUUGUGGGUGAAGAGGGAACGAAGAAUCUGCUCGCAAUCAAGCGUGUCACAAUUGGCCGCGAGCUCAAGGUCAAAUUGGAGUUUACGGUUCCGACGGCUGGUAAGCAUAACCUGAAGCUGUUCCUAAUGAGCGACAGCUAUGUUGGAGUGGAUCAAGAACGCGAGUUCUCAGUCGAGGCCGCAGAAGGCAUGGACGUGGACGACAGUGAUGAGGAAGAGGACGACGAGUAG